AUGGCUCCCCAAAAUCUUUUCAUCACAUGUAUUUUUCUCUUCUCUCUUCUCAAUCCAUUCCACCUUUCCCAUGCACAUUCACAUAAUUCAAAUGCUAAAAAUCACCCAUCACCUCUAUCUGCCAUCAAUAAUCUGGUCGGAGUUCGUAAGGGGCAAAAGGCAAAAGGCCUCGUCGAACUAAAAACCCACCUUUCAAACCUCGGCUACAUGAAGAACAACAACAACGAAGCCAAAGCAAACAACGAUCUCUUCGACGAUGACCUGGAGUUGGCUAUAAAAAAAUACCAAGUAUUCUUCCAUCUCAAUGUGAACGGAAUCUUGGAUGCCAAAACAGUCGAACACCUACUCCUUCCUAGAUGUGGGGUCGCGGAUUUUGUCAACUUGAACGCAAGCCAAUUCAAGAACGAAAUCCCAACCAUAGCUUCUCACUAUACCUUUUUUCCAGGUGAGCCCAAAUGGCCACCCGGAAAGACGAACCUCACUUAUUCAUUUCCUCCGGGCGCGAGUAACGAGGUCAUGCAGGCCAUUAAAGACGCUACACAACUAUGGGCUGGUGUGACGCAUUUCAAGUUUACGUACAUCACGGAUUACGACCAUGCAGAUAUCAAGAUUAGCUUUCAGGUGUGGGACCACAAGGAUGGGGCAGCGUUCGACGGGCGUGGCGGGAUUUUGGCGCAUGCAUUUGCACCGAGUGACGGCAGGCUUCACUUUGAUGGAGAUGAAGUGUGGGUAGAUGGUGUUGUGCCCGGUAAAUUUGAUUUGCAGAUGGUAGGUUUGCACGAGCUCGGCCAUGUUCUUGGGCUCGGGCAUACGACUGAUGGUGGUGCUAUAAUGACUCCUACUCUUGGUUCUGGAUUUAGAAAGGGUUUAGGGCAAGAUGAUAUUAAUGGCAUCAAAGCUCUGUACCAUCUCUAA